UGUUUAUUUCUAUAUUCUUGUACUGCAGGCACAGAUUUCACUGAUGCUCAACAUCUGCUAGGUGCAGCCAAACGUGCAUUUGUUUUGGACGUGGAGUUAGUUAGUUAGUAUCACUUUUAAUAGGGAUCAACGGCUUUGAAGUGGCUGGAGCUGCUUACCAGAGCUGGUCACGCGCCAUAUGUUUGCCCGGUCGCAUGGAGACUGUCACCACUGCCCUCGACCCCAACCAUUCUAACCGGUUUCACCGGCUUACCGUGGCUUUAGCAUCUGUGCAGUAAAUUUAGGGCAUAGCUGUUUGCUCGUCUGCCUGGUGGUUUAAAGCAGUGAAGCCCAAGCUGUGACUUUUAGUUGUGUUGGUCUGUCACACCGUCUCUGCAUGUCCACGAUGAGGCCGAGAUCCAGGGGUAGAGAAAGAAGGGAGAGACAGAGAGAUGAAGAGCAGGUGAAGUUUGAGGAGACUGAAAUGAUUCCGAAGUCAGGAAAAUCUCCAGCAGAUUCACGAAAAACCGUCGGCAUCCAUGAGUUUGCAGCACUUGCCAGAUCCUCCUUAAAUGGUAUCUCUCAGGCAGUGAGGGACCAUGUGACAAAGCCCACCUCGCUGGCUCAGGGCCGAGUCGCCCACCUCAUAGAGUGGAAAGGUUGGCCCAAACCUGCGGACACGCCACCGGCUGCCCACUCCCACUUCAGCUCCUACUGCCAUCUGACUGAAGGAGAGAAGGAGGCCCGGUUUGCUGCAGGAGUGGCUGAGCAGUUUGCCAUCGCUGAGGCCAAGCUGCGUGCCUGGGCGUCGAUGGAUGAUGACGAAGAGGAAGACUCCAACGAUGAAGACUCCCAUGCCAACGGACAGACUCACACUUCCAGCCAGAGCUCAGAAGCCACCACGUCCAAUCCCAUUUCAAGAGCGCCAUGCCAACCUGAGGUCGACAGUGGCGAGCCUCCGCCCUCCGACUGUCCCCUGGGCUCCAGCAGCAGCAGCGGCAGCCUGACCUGUGGUCAACCCUCAUCUCACAGUGACCCACAUUCAUCCCAGACCAAUUCACUUACUUUACCCAGCGACUGCAUGAGUCCGUUCCAGGAGGAGGAGGAGGAGGAGGAGGAAGAGGAAGAGGAGGAGAGGCUGGGUGGUCACGAGGAGCAGCCGACUCCUUUGCAGGAGGAGCACAGUGAGGUUUGCAUCCACCAGAAGCCAGAGUGGAGGCCUCGAGCAAGAAGCAGCAGGUUCGACUCCUGCUACUCCACCUCUCACUCUGAAUCUCCAGGAGAGGAGGACGAGGAGGAGGAUGAGGAGGAGGAAGGCAGCGUGUUUCAAGAGGUUCGGGUGUGGCACUGCAGCCCGAGAAGCUUCUUCUCUGACCGGGCUUCCUCUGGAGUGGCGUCAUUCGAUGAGGAGGAGGAGGAAAGGGAUGAAGUAGAAGAGAAGAAGGAGGAGAAAGAGUAUUUGAUGUGAUGUGUUGUCUCAUCUUUAUGUCUCUUUGAGUCCGUGUUGAUUCUGGAUAUGACAUAAUCUAUUACGCUUUUACUGUAAACCUUCUCUCCUCCUCCUCCUCCUCUUCUUCUUUCCCUCCUCUGAUCAUCUCUCCUCCACCUGCUGCCUUCUGUCUCUCAUCCUCCAGGCUUUUCAUGUACUGGUGUCGCUCCACCGUUUAUCGCUGCUGUAAACAAAACAUAUAUAUAUAUAUGUGUAUAUAUAUAUAUAUACAUAUAAUAUAUAUAUAUAUAUAUAUGUAUAUAUAUAUAUUGGGAGAGUUCAACCAGAAUGUAAAGCUGUUGUUCAAACUGAGUUUUGUACAUUUUUGUGAAGAGUCGUGUCACUAUUGAAUUGGUUUUCUAUGGAUAUUUUGUAGUGUUGUUUUAUCCUGGGUCAUGCUGUGUCAUGUGGGUUGGGCUAUGUUUGAUACUGAAUGUCUGAAUGUCCUGCAUAUAUAUAUAUAAAUAUA